UAUAUAAGUACUUAAAGUCAGAGUGAUAACGUCUAUUUAAAGAACCAAAGUGCAAACAAUGGUCGACAAACAUGAGAGUUUUGUGUGAGUUACCAAAAAAGGAUUAUGCCAAACCGAACGAUCCACAACUGUUUUCAAAUUUUUCAACAAGCAACUUCUGCGAUAGUUUUGAGCACUAUGCUUGUAACUCAAAAACUUCUUUAAUUUCUAUUGUAAAAUGUAAGCAGUACCGUCUCUAUCGAUACUUUCCCAUUCCAGGUGAUAGGAUGCAGUUCGAUCCAAAAUAUCGAGGACCUCUAAAGGGCAGAUCAUGUACAGAUUGCUUUUGCUUGAUUAUCUUCUCAGCAUUUGUGGUAGGAUGGGCGGUAAUUGGAUAUUACGCUUAUACUUAUGGAGAUAUAGAUACGUUAGUAUACCCAACUGAUAGUGAAGGAAGGAUAUGCGGUAGGCAUAAAGAUGUCGAGGACAGACCAUAUUUGGUAUUUUUUGAUCUGACAAAAUGUGUAGCGGUCACGUCUGUGACCCAAGGAUGCGAUACGCCGCAGGUAUGCGUGCCGGAGUGUCCGACAGAUAAUUUUGUGUGGCAGUUGAAUUCGUCAAUUUUGGCAAAUAACUUGACCGCAUUAAGAACCGCAAUGAUAUGCAAGACUGGAAUUGAAGUGGAUACAGCGACGGCAGACCAGCUUGCUACCUACGUUUCAAACGACGUGUGUGCUCAGUGGUAUCUGACCAGUACUUCUGUAACUGGUCGUUGUAUUCCAAACGGAAUUCCGGAACUGUUUGUCAAUUAUACAAUGACUGUAGCUGACCUAGAAGAAGCAUCCACAUAUAUCGAGUUACUGGUUCAGGUCGAAAUAAUUGUACUAAAUAUCUACCACGAUAUCAUAGCAACUGGAUGGACCAUUGCAUCGAUCCUUGGUAUCAGUGCCGCCAUAAGUCUGAUCUACAUAAUAUUACUGCGCUGGUUGGCCACUCCGGUUAUUUUCCUAUCAAUCAUCGGGCUCUGCUUGCUACUUGGAUAUAGCACUUACCAAUUUUACGAACUAUAUACAGCCGAAGAGUCUACUUUUUGGUUGGUUCUUACAAUAAUCUGUGGCAUAAUCUUAGCUAUAGUUCUGCUGAUAGCAAUCUGUCUGCGCAAUAGAAUACGACUUGCUUGUAAACUGAUUGGAGAAGCUAGCAAAGCAGUAUCCAGCACUACUUCAACACUAAUCUUCCCGGUUGUUCCGUGGGUGGUAGAAAUUCUAUUGGUAGUAUACGCGAUACUCGCCGCCACAUACUUGGUAUCGAUAAAAGUACAGACCUACUCUGUGAAACUUGGCGGCAACUGUUCUUGUCCUGAAGAUCUCGGUUAUACUAACGGUACGACUUGUGACCAGACAACGUUCAACAGCAGUUGCACAGAAAAUGGUGAUUACUGUAUAUCUGGCGGAUGUUACUUGAACACCACAAGCAGACCAUGGUUCUCAAAUUACUUGCACGCCUACAACGUCGUUGCAGUAUUAUGGUUGGUUUUCUUUGCCACAGCCUUUGGAGAAAUGGCAUUGGCUGGAACUUUUGCUACCUGGUACUGGACCUUCAAAAAGUCCAAAGUACCUUUUUUCACACUAACCAGCAGCUGCUGGCGAACACUCAGAUAUCACCUGGGCACCUUGGCAGUUGGAUCUCUAAUCAUAACAAUUUGCCGGUUGAUAAGAUGGGUGUUGGAAUGGAUCGAUGUAAAGCUGAAGCAAUACGACAAUGAAGUUGUAAGAUUCCUUGUAAAAUGCAUGAAAUGUUGCUUCUGGUUGCUGGAGAAGUUCCUUAAGUUCAUCAAUAGAAAUGCGUACAUAAUGUGUGCAGUACAUGGAAAAGGUUUUUGCGCCUCAGCAAAAAGCGCCUUUAAUCUACUUAUGAGAAAUAUUUUGCGAGUCUUCGUCCUCGACAAGAUUACAGAUUUGCUGCUUCUGAUAGGAAAGGUAUUAGUCACUGGUGGUAUGGCUUGGGGAACCUGGUGGUACACGAAAAAUUAUUUGGUUGUCACUUACUGGUACGUCCCAGUGGUCCUGGUUGGCGUAGGAACCUACUUAGUAGCGUCGGUAUUCUUUAGUGUAUAUUCUACAGCAGUUGACACUCUGUUUCUCUGCUUCCUUGAGGACUGCGAACGCAAUGACGGAACACCUGAAAAGCCUUACUACAUGAACAAAGGUCUGCUGAAGAUUUUACGUAAAUAAUAGAUCACAAUUUCUGUACUUUUAAUUGAAAAACAACAAGUCCCAAAUUGGAGGAGAACAAUUUUCAUUAUUGCUGUCCCCUAUUUAUUAAAUUUGAAAAAAAAAAACGCGUUCCUGCGAAUUAUUGCGAUUUAGCUUUUAAAAUCCAACUGACUUAUUAUAAGUAUGUGUAUAAGCCAUAUGUGUAUACAUAAACAGUGUUACGAUGUCAGAGAUACAAUUUUAUAGUGCUGAGAAAAAAAAUACGAAUUGCAUUAGUGACAAUUUAUAAUGUGCUGUAAAUAAAAAAUUACCUACCUUCCAAUUGUUGUCUGCAGUCAGUCACACGGAGAAUUUCAACUAUUGACUGCACUACCCCGUAGCGGUUUUUGAAUGUAUUAAUAACAGACGCACCUGAGCUGACCACAUUUUAUUAACCAGAUUAAAAUGCCAUUAAAUAAAUAUUAGGCUACUGCCUUAAAAAAAAAGUUCACGCCUCUACGCGUUAAUAUUUCUGAACAUUUGAGGAACGGCUAAUUCGAUUAUAAGACUCAAGUUUAUAUAAUUGUAUAUAAUAAAUAAUAAUCAUUGUUAAAUUUUUGCCAACAACAAAAAUAGCGCAUCUCUUGAUCACGUUGGAUUGCUAGAUAAAUGGAAUAGGCGUGUUAUAAAUACUGAUAGCAAGAAUACAGUUUUCGAAAUAACAGUUUCUAUAUAGUAUAUAGCAUAUAUUCAGAAUAAUUAUGACGCAGAAGCAUAUGGAUAACCGCGAGCUAAAAAUUAUGAAUCUACUUA